AUGGCAACCGAAGGCUUUCCAAGCCACCCUUUCUUUGAAAGACUCGUCGAGAGUGUCCCCUUGAAUGAUGGGAUUAUCAUACAUGAUCCUAACAAUGAUAUAACUGCUACCUUUGAUCGUUUCUUGAACGACGUUAUCGAGCUGCGACGCACCAUCCGCGAACAAGUUCCAGAUCUUCUCGACUCUAAUGGGAUCGUCCGUGAAGAAGGUGUUUAUAUCUGCACUCUUGCACCAGCCAGUUAUGAGUUUUUCGUGGCUACCUUUGCUGCAUGGGCAGUGGGAGCUGCAGUUUCACCACUUGCAACUGGCCUUACCCCGCAGGAGAUAUCAUUUCUGAUCCAAAGGAACAAAGCUGUGCUUCUUAUAGCCAGCGCUAGUCAGCGCAACGCUGCUGCUGAAGCCCAGAAAUGCAUGAAAAACGAAACUGGGAAGACCAUCAAUAUCAUCGGCGUAGACCUCACCGUUCCGGUCCCGUCUACAAAACGCCAGUAUCAUAUUGAUGAGAAUGUCGUCUUAUCCCCGCAGCGGCCAUUCAUUCUCCUCCUUACAUCUGGCACCACUGGCCCGCCUAAGGGGGUUGUGCGUAAAAUGCCGGCGUACGACCUCCGUGGCAUGACUGGAGCUACAAAUGAUGACCUCGCUUUGUGCCACCGUGCCAUCCAUUGGGGUUUCGGAAUCUAUCCUCCAGUAGCUACGAUCUCGAACGGGCUAUCCGUAUACAUCGUUGAUGCGGACCCCAGCCCACAGCAAAUAUGGGAGGUUUUCCGCCAGAAGAAGCUGACGAUGGCUUAUGCUACGAAUUUGACCUUGCUUCGCCUGAUGGAAUAUUACAAAGAGCACCUGGCUGGACUCGAGCCUGAAAAGCUAAAAGAGUAUAGUGAAGGAAUGAAGAAACUCAAAUAUAUCGGCUGUGGUGGUACGGUCCCCAUGCCAUCUGUAGGACUGUUCUGGAAAGAUAUGCGUGGCGGCCAGCCCAUCACCAUUCUUUAUGGCACAUCUGAGGCCGGUGGAGGGUUGACCACUACUCCUGAAGGUUAUGAUGUCACCAAGCGUGUUAUUGGCAAACCGAUGCCCGGUGUCCAAGUGAAACUUUCCGAAGGCGACCACGGAGAGGUUCUGAUAAAAAGCAAUGACCUGUUUCUUGGAUACCUUGGUAAUGAGGCUGCUACAAAGGCAGCAUUCGAUGAGGAUGGGUUCUACAAAACAGGUGACUUGGUGCACAUAGAAGAGGAUGGAAAUUACGUCAUUGAUGGUCGAGUCAACGAGGACUUUGUCCGAUCAAGAACCCUGAAAGUGGGAAUUCUUGAGCUCGAAGAUAAGUUAUCAGAGCUGCCUUACAUAGCGGAAGCAUUCGUCGUCGCCGUUCCGGACAUGGAGAUCUUGCAUAGAGUAGCUGUCAUUGCCCGUCUCAAGCCUUCGUUCAAAGAGGAAAAUACCAAUGGCAUAGGCUCGGAGGGAAAUUCCACACCAAACAUGCUAUUUAAAAUGAGGCGAGACCUCACAGACCUGAAGGUUGCGCAGUAUAAGCUUCCAACCCUUCUACGCAUCCUCAAAGAUGACGAUAUCAUUCCACGGACAACGACCGACAAAGUAAUUCGAAAGAAGGUUAUACAGGCUUACUUCCCUCAAUCUGCUGACUGCAGGGUAGAGGAUUUGCCCAAGGAGGUACUUGUCUGGGAUCUGAAGAACGACAAAAACGCUGAAUCAACGGGGCUGUGGGACUGGGCUGCUGCUCAGGACUGA